ACUUGACCUAAGUUUUGAAAAAGUUUCUAAACUUAUCGUAAAAAAAAGUUUAAUUAUAUCAGGUUAAUUGAUAAUAUUAAGGGAUUAAAAUUAUAUAACAGUGUAAAUUAACAAUUCAAUUGAGAAACAAGCAUAAAGUAUACUAGAAAUACUUUGAAGAUUAAGUAAAAAUUCAAUUUUAAAAAGAUGAGAAAUUUCGAUCGAAAUACGGGCUAUAAAAAUAGUGGCUCAUCAAGCUACUCAAGGAAUGAUAGAAGAGAAGACAGAGGUGAUCGGUAUUAUUCUGAUGAUAGGAACAGAAAUAUGCCAAAUAAAGCAUUCGGAAACCGAAAUGAUUACAAUAAGAAGCCAAGACGCGAUUAUGAAGAACCACGUCAUUCCUAUCAGGACCGAACAGGUGAUCGUGGAAAUCGAUCUUAUAAUGGAGGUGACAGAGGAUUCCAUGAUAGAUCGUAUCGAAGCAAUGAUUAUUCAAAGAAUGAGAGAACUUUCCGAAAUCGUUCGCCUGCAACAAGAUCAACUAGAGAACGAGAUGGACAUUCAGAUACAAGGCACACGGGAGGAUAUCGUAAUAAUGAAGGGAGACAACGUAACAUGAGUCCACAAAUUCGUCAACGCAAUGAUUAUAAGCCAGCGUCUACAAAUAUUAAAAGUCGUUUAGCACUGAGAUCAAGAAUUGCAAGUUCCAACAAUUCACGCAUCAUUCGUACCGGCGUUAAUAAAAUAAUGCGAAGAACUGAUUUGCGUGGUGGAUUGGUUUCAAAACGAUCGACAAAUAUCAAUCGUGCAAAGGAUUAUGCUCGCAAAAUACGUCAAGCUCGCAUGAAGCUUAAUGAAGGUGGAAGCACCUCAUCUACAAGACUCAAGUCGUCUAUCGAAGUUAAAUCACCGAAAAAGGAUUCAGAUGAAACUCCACGCAAAACUGAAGAAAAUGAAGAUGAUUAUUUAGCUAUUGCAAACGAUGUAGAUUUCGAUGAAGGCGAUGUAAACGAUGAAUCCGAGACAGUAGAUCCAGAAAAAAAGCUUUCGAAAGAACCGGCAAAGGAUGAAGGUGAUGAGAAGAAAUCUUCUUGUGCAAAACCAUCAACUUCACGCAGUCGUACUCGUACGCAAUCAAAAGAGAGAGUUCGUAAAUUUGAAAGAAUUGAAUACUCUUGCAUUCACUGUGGCAAAUGUAGCACUUCUGCUCAAGAGUAUCGUUCUCAUUUGAGUGGACGUAGACAUUUAUUGGCGAUGCGAGAAGUAAGUCUUAGAGUUCGUGCAACAUUAAAUCGUUUGCGAAAGGUUCAACGCGACAGACAAUUAGAAAUUGAGGCAAGAAUUAAAGAUGUUGAAGAUAUUCAAAGUAAAUAUUGUCAAGUUUGCAAAUUGAAUUUCCGUCAAUCAAAGGAAGAUCAUCGUGAAUCUGAAGAUCACAAGAAAAUUAGUAGCUUCUUAAAGCCAUACUGCAAAAUUUGCCGCAUGAAAUUGAUUUCACCAAUGAAAUAUGAAAUACAUCGUUGUCAUACUGAUCAUAUUCGCAGAAAGUUAAAAGCUCAAGAAGGCUCUGAUGAUGAAUUCGAUAUGCAAGAAAUGGACAUUGGGGAUUUUAAGACUGUAGAUUCUAUUGGAAAUGUUGAUGAUGGUGAGACUAAUGAAGACGAAACGGAAAAUUUGAAUACUUCGGAUACUCUUGUUGGAAACGAGUUUGUUGAAAAGAUUGAAGCUUAUUAUUGUUCCUUAUGUCACGACUUUGCACAUGAUCAUCGUGGCAAUGACGCUGAUGAAAAAUUAAUUAAGGAUCAUUGUAAGACAAGACGUCACAUCAAUCGUUAUCAGGAUCACAAGAAAAAUGAAGAAAGAAAAGCAAAAGCUAAAGUGUCGAUUGACGCACAAAAAAGCCCUGAAAAAUCAGUCAAACAAAACGGAAGCGAUGACGUAAAAAAUGACAAUGAAGUCGAUAGAAAUGCAGAUGUUAAUAUUGAUGAAAAUACUAAUGAAGAAAGCAAACAUUCUGAAGACUCAAAAUUCAACAGAUAUUCAGAAUCAAAUGAUUAAAUAUCAACAAGUAUUUUCAUUGCAUCUUAAUUAUAUUUGACUUUUAACAUACAUUUUAAUCUUAAUUGUAAUAAUUUACGAAGUAUGGAAAAUAAAGAUUUCAAUAAAGUAA